AUGAUGAGCGAGGCUGACCUCGUGGUGCUGCCCUCAGCAUGCAGCGAUAACGAGCCUCGCUCGCAUGGGUCGUAUCCCGACUCACCGCCUGUGACGUCGGCACGGCGUCCAGCACCGUUGCUCCCGUCGGGCGCGGCGUACAGGGCCGCUCCCUCUACCCUCGUCACUGCGCCGGGAACGCAGGCGAGCGUGUUGAACCUUGUGACCGCUCUUCCACUUCUCUUGUCGUUGGACCGAUCCCACUACACGGCGACGCUGGACAAUGCACAGGGGGGCGUGCUGGAUAUCUUCACCGCAUCGGGUGCCCGGGGUGACGGUCGCCUUGGUCCGCUGAGCUGGACGACGAUCACCACCGAUGCCGCCACCGCAGCGGUGCGUGCGGUACUGUACGCUCGCGGGACGCCGUCUUGGCAAGCGAAACGGCGGCGACUGCGACGGCUCGCGCUCGACUCAUUCUUUCGCUCAACCGUGUCGGCUCGCAUCUCCGUUCGCCGCGACUGCGGUGCUGAAGGCGGGGAUGGCGUGCGCGAGGCAGUAGUGCGGCUGCUGCACCACACACGCGCCGUCAUGUCGGACAUCUCGCCGACACAAGCGCAUUUGGUUGAUCUUUUCGCGGCCCAGAUUAUGUGCGGUGCGCAGGGUGCUGGUGCCGCCGUGGAAGGCUUACCGCGCGCAGCCGCGGGCAAGGCAACGGAUGAGCCAACUGACGCAGAAGGCGGGCAGUCACUGGGCGCUGCACCCGCCCCCACGGCGAUGAUGAGGGAGCGGUCAAAGCCGGCGUUUGAGCAACGCGGCAUCAUGAAAAGUAGCGUCUCCGCCUCAACCUCAGUCACCGCAUCACCGCGCCACGCCCAAGGCGAGAAUAUCAGCACACCUGCCUCUGCUACCGUUGCGGAACAACUGCUCUAUAUUAUUCUCCGCACCAGCAUUGCGGCGAAUACGCCACGGCGGCCCCUUGUCAUGCACGGUGAUGACACGCCUGCGCUCUUGGUAGAUGGGCUGCAUACACCCCCACCACAAGGCACUGACGGUGCCACCGCCGUGGGAAGCCUGACGCGCAAGAAGCCGCGGCUAGACAGCCUCGAUUGCAUCCGCCCCGCGAAUUUGUCGUCAGAAAACGGGCAAUCGAUUUAUCGCUACUCUAACGAUGCUGGUGGUGCAAGCCCAGCUUCUGCGCUGCCCUAUCAGCCGCACUGCUGGCUAGCGCCGUCGACGGUGGCGCUGGUGGAGCGCUCCCAGGCGCUGCGGCGACACCAGCGCUGGACAUGCGACCUCGAUCCGGUGAUCGAGGCUACCAUAGCUGGAGAGGGCUCAAGCACCCACAGCAGCCACCUGUUUAGGGGCGCUGGCACCCGCUCCGCCGCUGUCGUAUCGCUGCUUGACAGUAUGCGUAGCUCGUGGGCUCCUCUACCUGGCAUGGCAGACAGCGACGACGCUGUGGUUUUGACGGCUCUUGUGCGUGGCAGUGGGCUUCCGUUUGCCACAGCGUCAACUUCAGCUGCACUGGGCGUGGCGCAUGAAGCCGGACCUGCAAGUCACUCCUGUGGUUUUCAGUGGGGGCAGACGAUGAUGGGAGGGGAAGAUCCCGCCGUCGAGGCUCUCUUUGCGGACGGUCGAGCUCGCCGCGUCCAUUCCCACCGUGAAGAAGAAGAUGGUAUCCCCGGCAGUGAAGGGGCAACGCAGACAAGGCAGCGUGAGGCUGAUGCUGCGGCAGCUGCUCUGCCUGCAUGUCGCAUCCCUUUCGUAUCCUGCCUGCCGUUGUACAACGAGGUUGUGUACGCGCAGGUGCACCUGGCCCUGCACUGGUGCGCCGCCGGCCUCGCUGAUCCGUUUUGUCUCACCCACAUCGACAACACGGCCGGCCCAAACUUGCCGGCGUUGCGCGUUCGCGACGAGUUUUACGCCCGCUCGUUGCCGGCCAAUGGUGGCGCCGGGGCAGCCGCCGCCGCGACCGCCAUCAGUGGUUUGGCUUCGCUGCUGGAGUGGGGCUGCUAUUACGGGACGCUGCUGCGCCGCCUUCACCGCCUGUGCGACGUAGCUGACAACGUCACGCUGCGCGGCACUCUCGGCAGCUACGGCCGCUGUGCCAUGAGCACCUUGCGCCUCCUGCUAUGCUUGCUGCAGCGACAGAUUGGGGAGCUGGGGUACCAAGCAGGCGGGCCGCACCGGCUGAGCUUUCCGGAACUGCUCACGGCAUACCAACGGCUGCAGCGCGCAGUGGAGCAGGUGGAGGUUCUUGCGGCGUUUUUCGGCGUCCCGGCCGCGGCCGCGGUGCCAGAGGCGUGGGACCCCGUCGACGUCCUCGAAGAGCGCUGCUCAUCGGCGUUGCUUAUCUCACGCCUGUACGAAUGCUUCACUGCGUAUCAUGCCGACGCGCUUGGUCAGCACGGAAGCGCUGCCACCCACUACCACGCACUGCAGCAGGAGCGGCUCGCCCAACUGCUCGCCUCGUUGGGCAGUGAAGAUAGUGAGGAGGUGCCGUUGCAGGCGAAUACGCCGGGUGGCGGCGUCGACCAGCAGCGACAGAAAAUGCGAGCUGCCUUGGCCGCGGUUGAGUCUGGGACGGCCUCUCCCUCGGUGAACACUUCGCCUGUAGACACCGGCGACAGCUACGGCGCGUGGGAGCAGCAUCGCAAGGACCUGCUCAGCUACUCCAUCGACGCCAUCGGGCUUCUUCUCCGCUCAACCCUGCGUCCUCUGAACGCAAUGCUGCACCGCUGGCUCACGGCAGGCGAGCUGGCCGAUCCGUAUGACGAGUUUUUUGUGGUACCGUCUCACGGCCAGACGCACAGCGGCUUCACCUUGGAACCUUCACCACAGCGGCUACCGGUAUUUCUCUCUGUUGCAGCUGCCACAGACCUCCUCCACGCUGGGGUAAGCCUGCGGGUGCUUCGAGUGGCUGCGACGCAUGUCGUGCUCAGCGCCCAGAAAGACGCACGUCGACUGGAAGGCAUGGCGGAGGUCAAUGAGGCCGCGGCGGAGGACUAUGCUGGGGAGCUGCUCGAUACGCAGACGCUGCGACGCGCAAUUGAACAGUUUAUCAAGCAACUUGUGCACGGUGCACCGACAGCGGAUGCUGUGCACGAUAUGGGACGCUCGGGAACUGGCGCCAACGACGAAGGCGAAGUCACCGACGCGGCCCCAAUGCCGCUGCCGCCGCGUGUCGACUUGCUGUCGUCGUACGGCGCCAUCAACUGGUGGAAGGAGCACUACCAAGCCUGCACACGUGUCUUGCUCGAGGUGGUGGAGGAGGCCGCGAAUCCUGUGGAGGGCAGCGGCGAGGACGGCUCCACGGAAGCUACUCCAGACCCGUCGCUGUGGUUGCAUGCGGACGAGGAAGAGGGGCUGCGUAGUGCUGAAGAGGCGUCCGCGGCCGAGAACGAACAUGUCGGUGGCGUCACUUCCUCCGAAACGCACACUGGUCAUGCCGAGCUGUCCCUCUCCGGCGCCACUGCUGCGCCAGCCGUACGUGACGAUCACCAUCGUGAUCGCUCUCCUCACGUGACGGCUGCUUUCCCAUCAAACGAGUCGACGAGUGAGGCACCGUCGUACAUUACCAUUUUCAUAAACUCCGACGACGAUGAGGACCGCGGCGCCCACUCGGGAAUGGGGAGGGCGGCAGGCGGGCGGCAGGGGGCGGACAGCGCUUGCAUUGCCUCUUCGUCUUCUCGCUCCUCUACGACUGCGACGGCGAGCGUGCUUGGCCUACGCCGCAUCGCCAGCUCCCGCUUCUCAACCGGGACAACGGUGACCUCGACAGCCUCGUCGCGUGGCACCAUGGCCCUCUACGGUGCCAUCACGGAGGAACUACGCCAAGUCUCGCUGCUCGAGCAGCAGACGGAGGCGGACCUCGGGCAAUGCCGCCACGCGCUCCGCGCCGAGCUCGACGCGCAACUGUGGCGCCGCCGACGAGACAGUCGACUGAGCGACUGGAAGGCCCAGCGACUGGCGCUACGGCUGCGGCGAGUGCGCGCCAUGGAGGGCAUCGUUGAAGAAUUGCGCGAUGUGUACAUGAUACGCGCUGCCGGGCACACCGAAGUCCAAGAGCCAGCGUCGCGCCCCAUCGAGGAAGCCGAGCAAGACGCGGCGGCCCGAGAGCCUUCCAUGGCUGGCCCUGCAAUGACGGAGAUGCGCAUUGUGGUGCCGCUCCGCCAGCUGCCGCCGCGACGCGUCGCGCCGCCGGUGAUUCUGUACGCCACUCCAGACGACGAGUAUGGCGUCGACGGCGUGACUGGGGGGAGGCGUGGCAGUCGUCUCUUCCCUGAUCGCUCGCGCCGCACAAGUUUCGCGGCACAUCCGACUAUCAUGGAGCUGCCCGCAACAGGUGCACGUGAUACCCCUCAGUCCUGUGGGCAGCAGCGGCGCUCUCUCAGCGCAAGCAUAUUGCGCACCAACAACUGGCCGAGGACGUCAGGGUCACCGUCGCUAUCGGCGCGCACGGCACGGCGAGUUUCUGCGGCAGCAGCCGGCGCUGGAGCCGUCACGUUCAUCGAUCCGCUGUCGACCGGAGCUGCGGUGCAACACAGCGACGGCGUUGGCGCGGGGCCAGGAAUUAUUCGUCAGCUGCGCGAUGUUGCCCCAGCCGCCCUGUCAACGUUUGGCGUCAUGGAGAAGGGCAACCCUGUGGAGCCGGGGCAGAGCACCGCCGCGAAGUUGACUGUGCCCUCCGCAUCGACCCCUCCGCCAAUGCCGCCGUCGAAGUCGUCGCAUCCGCGCUGCGAACAAGUCGAGGCGGCGAUGCUGAGGGAGCACGUGGACAUGCCUGCCGCCGUCGCGGCAGAUGAGGCGCACGCGGCGGCGAUGCGGCGCGACGAGCUAGGGUACGCCCACCCAGAUUCACUAUUCAGAGUAGCGGACAUUAACGACGAUGAGUUCCUGCUAAUGCGCACUGGCCCCAAAGGCUAUGCGCGGCGUGAGGCGGAGGCGGCGGCGCUGGCAGAGCUUGCCGAGCGGCAAGCGCAGCUGGCCGCUUGCACAGUCGAUGAGCCGGGGUAUCUUCGCCAGCUGGCGGCGGCGGCGGCGGCGGCCGUGUCCGACCCCUGCCGCGACAGUCCCAAGGACAGCGCCACGUUGCCCAACUCGGGUCUCUCUGCUAAGCGGCGCUCUCGUGCUUCGAUCAAAACCGAACGUGAUGGCGCGGCACGGGACCAUCGCGUCGACGCGGCCGACAGCGCCGUUCAUGUGGGGGGACACACAAAUCUGCCUCUCGAGCUGGAUCCUGCAUGGCAACAAGACGAUCCACACCGAGGCUCGCGCGAAGCGAGGGCGACGAUGACGAGGACGAAAGCCAUGGGGAAGAGCUUCACCGACGAGCUGUGGUCGUGGACGGCAACGGAGGCGCAUCACUGGUACUUUGAUGACCUCGUCCCACUGCACCACGUCCUAACCGGCGCCGAGGUAGACCGCGCUCUUAUCGUUGACGUCUCCCUCACCUGCGACGAGGCCGAAGCGUUGCAACGCUGCAGCGGGUACUACCGCGCCCUCGGCCAGUACACGGCCAGCUUCCUCACGCAGAAGGCGCUGCAGCUGACGCUGCUGCCGCCCUACGGCUCUCUCUACUGCCUCACAACGCAGCUUCUCGACGUUUGCUUGCUGCAGAGGGCGCCGAUUGCCGUGCGUCUCAUGGACCUGUGGAUUACGCUCGUGGACGCUGCACUGGAAAUGACGGCAGAGGCUGAAGAGGCUUCGAUGAUGCAGAGAAUCAUAAGCGGGGAGACGCGACUGUCCGCGUUGGCGGCGCUCACAGACACCCGGCAGGGGCUGAACGUGACCGAGGCGCUCUCCUCCCUCAACUCGGCCUUCCAGCAUGAGUGGGCGACAUGUGUCACGAAUGGCGAAUCGACGGUGAAACUGGAGUGGAGGCUCAUGUCGAGCGGUGGGGAGGGGCAUGAGCGGCUCAGCUCAGUGGAAGAGGCUCUCGGCAGUGAUGCCAACUUCACAGAGGGCGACGAGGCGGCUGAGGAGGGUGUCCGAAACGUCUCCAGCGCUUCCCGUCUGCCACGCCAACCGACGCCGUUAUCGCAAGGCAGCGCAGAGAAAGCGUCGAAUGAGUCCUUUCCCAUUCACUCCUUCCUUGCUUCACUCAGCCUGACGGCGGCGAGCCCGUGGUGCAGCGGAGCGUGGUUGCUGCCAGAUCACACGCUGCAUUGCACUGGCGCCAUCUUCCGCGCGCUCCUGUUUUGGAAGAGCGCGGAGCGGAUCGUACUGCACACGUGGCGCGCCGGCAUGGAUAGUGGGCUCUCCAGCGUCUUCUUCUUCUGCACGACCGUGCGCCAGGUGCUGUUGUCGAGUCUUCAGGAGACAGUGUGGGUGCGACUGGCAGAGCUGACGGCGGUGUACCGGGAGAGUUUGCGCUUCGAGGCCGGGGUCCUCUACACGUACCGUGCCCUUGAGAGCUUUACGAUCGACCAUGCCGCAUUCUUGCGCGAGUGCGAGUUCUACACGCUCUGCGGCCCGCAGUUCCAGUGCCGCGUCCGCCCUGUGUUGCAGGCAAUGGUGGACACCGUCGAGGAAGCGGAGAGGGCGCUGCGGUUUGCGCAGGUGUCGAUACGGGUCGCACGGCGUCAGUACAUGGCCACUUUUCGCUCCCUGGUGAGCAGUGCAAGCAGCAGUGAAAGCGACGGCGACACGGGCUCCGACUUCUGCCGGCAAGCAAGGGGCCGACCAACGGUCGCGUCAGCACCUCAGCAUGUUUUUACCCCCUCGCGGUGGUCUCGGCGAGCGCGGAAGCGGCAAAGCGAUGGGAAAGCGCCGGCCGGCGGCAGUGUUGCUUGGGCCUCCCCUUGGUACCUGCAGCCCCUGGAAGACGCCCUGGCACGUCACUCCGAGAAGCUCUCGCCACCUGAAGCUACUAGCGGUCGACUCGCUGACGUGGAUGCACCUGACACAGAGUCUGAAGUCGACUUUGACAGCGCUGGCACACCGCGCAGACGCGCCGAAAAAGGGAGAAAAGGGCAAGCAGUGACAGCAGAGCGGUCGCCGUCCUCGGCUGUCAGCAGCGCCACGACAGCGCGCUUCACAACUCCGGUGUUCGACAAGUCGCUGCUUGCCGUGCCGGGCACCGCCGGCGGUGGGGAGGAGACAUAUCGCGAAGGCGAUUCAGCUUCCACUCCAACACCGCGCAAGAAGCGCCGCCGCGGAGGUAGUCAGCCAGCUGGCGCUCGCCAACCUACCACUGCCACAGAAGCGCCAAUGGCCACGACACUGCGGGCUUCUGCGACUGCACAGCGCUCGCAAACCCCGAAGUGCAGCCGCAGUGCUGGCGUGAGUGUGCGGCAGCCCCCUGCUCCCGCUAAGGUGUCAUCCUCGACGGUAACAGGUGCUGCAAAAACGGAUACGCUAGCAAUGAAGCGACCGCGGCGAGGUCGCCGCCAGCAAAGGCGGAUGCCCUCAGCGGAACGCAAAGAGCGACGCUGCAAACUACGCGCGAUUGCGGAGCGCAAAAUCAAAGAAGAGGUGGACCACCAGCGUCGACUGGUGCGUGACAUGAUUUCUCGCCAGUUGCGUCGCUUCGCAUGGCUCACGCAGUCCCUACGGAACGCGCUAGCGGAUGUGAUAGUGGAAGAGGACGUAAAGAACAUGGAGGACGAGAGUAUUGCCGCUGCCGCCACCGCCACAAGCGACGGCGCGUCGUUGAAGUCGAUCAAGGACUUGCACAAGGCACAGCGGCAGCACAUGAGCCGCAACACCUACAUCUCAACGAUUCUUCGAAAGCUCGAUGCGCUGAUCGAAGUGAUGGCUACCCAGGUGUGA